AUGGAGAAGCGUGAAGCUGCAAGUGCAAGAGAUGGAUCGGGGAACUAUGGUUGUGAUGAGAAUGAGAAAAAGAGACAGAAGUGUUCUGGCCCAGCGGCAGGGAGGAGGAGAUGGGAUGACUGGAGCUUUUUACACCUGCAUUGCUAUCUCGGGCAUCUCGGUGAGCAGGCCGUGGAGUAUGGAGUAGUAAUGAAGCAGAUAAUACAAUUGAUCCGAGACGCACUUCGUCUUGGAGGGUACCAGCAAAGCCGGCAUCUCAAGGUGGUCAAGAUUAGUACUGUAUCUACGGAUGCAUUGCAUGUUUCCUUCAAAGUGGCGACAUCGGCGCCUCAGGAAUCCAAUGCCAGCACAGGUGUCUGGUCUGUCUGGUCAGUUUGGUCUGGUCGCACCUGCAGUGGUGAUCCGGUCAGGUCAGACCAAACGGACAACUAUCCGGGCAACGUGUGA